AACUGUCUUCUUCUUGCAGACCGCAGAAUUUCGGUACACCACUUCUACUGCAGAUGUCUACCGCCUAAAAACAAACACCCCUAACUCUUUCUACAAAAGAACGGAGAACUCCAAGACAGAGAAACAUCCAGUGUGGCUCUGAAUAGACCGAUUCUUUCGCCUGCGGAAACUCAAGAUAUUCAUGACAGAAAAUAAAUCCAAUACAUUUUCAAUGCGCUCUAUCCUUGAAAAAGAGAAGCUUAAUGGAGAGAAUUUUCUAAUUUGGUACCAAAAUUUGAGGAGAGUCCUUAAACAAGAAGGAACAUUGUAUGUCCUCAAUACAGUUCUUCCUCCACCACCUCCGGCAGAUUCUACUAUGGCUGAGAAGGUUGCCUUUAUGAAGCAUGACAAUGAUGCCACAGACAUUGCUUGGCUAAUAUUUUUCAGCAUGACUCCAGAGAUUCAGCUUCUCCAUGAUGAGAAGAACGCAUUCGAUAUGGUUGAGAAUAUGAAGCACCGUUACCGACGAGAAAUUAGGCAAGAGAGAUAUGAACUCUCUAAGACCUUAUUUCGUUGUAGAUAUUUGCAACAAAAAGAUUCUGUUGAUAUUCAUCUUCAAAAAAUGAAAGGCUACCUUGAAAGACUUGGGAACUUGGGAUACCCUUUGGGCGAAGAGUUGGCAAGGGAUUUAGUUCUUCAAUCGUUGCCUGCGAAUUUAAGUCAAUAUUUAAUUGACAAUAAACCGAAUGAAAUUGACAAAUCCCUGCCAGAUCUGUUUCAAACGAUAAGGGAUGCGGAGAAAGAAAUCAGUAAAACUAGUCCUGACACAUCUUCAAUCACCCAAUGUAGUAAAAAGAGUGCUAUUUGCAAUGUGAGGACAAAGACAGAGGGUGUUAAUGUUGUUGGAGUGCCCCUGCAAACCAAAAAUGAAUUAGAACCAACAGGUGGUGCGGCUGGAAAAGGGAUUUGUUUUCAUUGUGGUGUAAAGGGUCAUUGGAAGCGUAAUUGCAAAAUCUACUUGGAAGAAUUAAAGAAAAAUAAGGAAAGCGUCUCUUGUAAUUCAGGGACUAAAGAAUUACAACAUGCAACAAAGGAAUGCAAAUCGCUUAAGCGUAAGGCAGAGGUAGAAGCCAAGAUCACACCAGCACCGGAGACGAAGAAGAACACUGCUUGUCAGAGUACCACUAAAGGUCCUCCGUUGCCUAAGAAGGGUCAAUCUUUGGAAAAGACAAUCUCUGUGGCAGGUAAAAACCCAACCAAAGAACAAACACUGAUCCCACAGUGUGCAAGUUGUGGGAGACUUCAUCCUGGAGAGUGCUUGUUUUCAAUGUUGGCAACAUUGCCUCUUCCAAAAGAAAUGCCCGACCAAACCUCGUAUAGCACAACUUCAAGAAACAUAGAAAUGCAGCAACAUCUGCCUUGCAUCUGAAUGUGGGAACAACAAGCCCACUCGGUGUUUCAUCCCAGAGAUACCUUCUAUUCUUGGUGUUUAUAUGAUGCAACACUUAGAUCUAUACACGUAUGUUGCUUCUCUUGCAUUUUUGUCUCUUGGAAUGGUUUGGAUUCCCCUGCAAGGGCAAGCUUUUCGGGGUGCAUCUCAGGUUACUUCUACUUCUGACCUUUAGGACUAAGUCAGUUUUAAGGGUAUAGGCAUAAGGGUAUCCCUCUGGUUUUUCUUCUCUUUCCUCUGAAAUUUCCUUCUACCUUAUCAUUGCUACGAUUAU